UUGCAAGACAAAAGGGAUCAAAUCAAACAUCAGGCUGCCUUCUAAGCUAAAACUACCGGUCAUACGACGGAAUUUGGGAGAGCAAAACUACAUGUGCGCUGCUGGCUCCCAUUCCCAACUGCCAUUCAACUUCUCAACGGGCCUACGAACUCCCGUACCACUCUUCUCAUUUCUCCCCAUCCUCCACCUUGAUGGUCAUCCACUCAUAUCAACAGCCCCCUCCUGUUUUUUUCUGAUAUUUUGUACAUAUCUGUUUCUUGAAUACUAUUUCACGACCAAAAUUCUUUAAGGAAAGUUCAUGCCUCCUUCGCAGGGGGGGAGGGACAAAUAAAAACAGACAAAAGAAGUUUGUUUUUGCUGAGAAAUGGAAGGUUCAGAGAAUUCCAAGAUAGAGAAUAGACAGAAAGUGAAGACAGGUGAUGGCUCAGAACAAGUAGAGGUGCAAGAGGUUGAUUUUGGCGAAGUAAUCGAGCUCCCUCCACAGCCAGCAGCCAUGCAUAACGAGCCAGUAAUUGUAGCUGAAGAAAAGAACACUAUGGAGCAAUCGGGAUCUUCUGAGGUAACUGUAGAGGAGAAAGGAGAGGAAAACCUGAGCGUUAUCUCUGAACCAGAGGCUACUGCGAGAGAGUUGGCGUUUUCCGAAUAUGGGCAGAAACAGGAUGGGGUUUCUGCCGUUGCAUCUGAAGCAGAAACAAAGACGCAGGAGGAGGCUCCAUUUCCAAUUUCAAGUACUAGUGUUGCGGAAUCAUCAGGUGUUCGAGAUUCAGUUAGCGAAGAAAAUGUUGUUGAAUUAUCAGAACCAGUAGCUGUUGUUCCUGGUGAUGCUACUAAUGGUGGUGGGGGUCGUGACUCAUCAGAAAAUCCCAGCAGCGCUGACAGAGAGCCAGCUGCUGUUUUGACUCCUCGCACGCGGACUUUUUGGACGAGCUGCUGUGGUUUAUUUGAUGCUCUGCGGGGCUCAAAUCAGUAAUUUUAGGUGAAUGACUUUUGGUACGAGAAGAUUCUUCUUGAUCAACUUUAUGCACUCAACGGUUGAAACUUUUCCCAGAAAUCAGUAACUCUUUCUGCCGGUUUUUACGAGCAUCGUUUGGGCUUUUAGCCAGUUUAAUAUCUAGCAUUUACUAUAUUCACCGUACAACAACUAUAAGCUGUUUGGUGAUCUGUUACAUUCUCCUGAUAAAAUCCCUCAGUCUGUGUGGAGAAAAAAUGAUUGCUGAAAACUUGUUCAUCUGUACAAAGACUAGAAACAGAGAACUGCAGGGAGUAACAAGGCAAGUAAAAGAUGGUUGCGGAUCUGUGAUCAGGUUCAACAUAGCUAUGCAUACACAAUGCUGUAUAUACUACUCAAAUCUCAUUUCUUGGUGGUAGUGCCUGGAAUACAUUUCUUAUAACUAAACUAUGGCAACCAGAACGCAAAGGUGCACAGAGCAAGUUCAAAUUUGUAAACCAGAGACGUUUGCUAGUCUAAUAUGCAUGACAUACGAGUUGUUCCAGUAUGGUAAUUUGAUCAACCAAUUGAAGGACCAAGCUAUUAAUAUUUCACUACUGCAUCUGAUGUGCUUGAUUGCUGCGCAGGAAUCUGGAGGAGCAUUGUUGGCUGGUUUGCUACUUUGAUUUUGUGGAGUGCAGCGUGAGAUCUCGUAGAAUUUUUUUGACGUAGUAGAAGAUAAGGUACAUCCACUCAGGAUAUCAUCAGCCAUGGAGUUGUUUUCGUUCCUUAAAUGAUGAAGACUUUAAAAGCUUUUUGUAAUUUCAUUAUCCUGCAACCGGAGCUUGAGUGUGCAGCCAAGAGUCCGUGCUAGAGUGAAGUUUUCUCUUGGUCUUGAGUGUUGCUCUGUAACCUGUACUGAUUUAUUGUAAUUUUAUAUCUGAGAGCAAACUGUGAACAUGAACUGGAUAUUAUGGUAUGAUAAAAGUUGAUUCUUUCUUCACUUGGAUUAUA